AUGCCCAAGCUUCACGCGCGGACUGAUGAUGAUGUUCUUGUGUUUGCACGGGUGAGGUCUCUGGGUUUUGUCAUCCUGAUGGAGGUGAUAAAAUGGGUCUCUCUUCCCGUCCUCUCAAGGGAAGCCAUCAGCCGGGUUUGCGAAGCCGUCCCUGGUGCCAAGGGAGCCUUCAGGAAGAGAAAGCCUCCCAGCAAAAUGCUGUCCAGCAUCCUGGGCAAGAGCAACCUCCAGUUUGCGGGGAUGAGCAUCUCCCUGACCAUUUCCACCGCCAGCCUGAACCUGCGGACGCCGGACUCGAAACAGAUUAUAGCGAAUCAUCACAUGCAGUCCAUUUCUUUCGCCUCCGGGGGAGACCCGGACACAACAGACUACGUUGCAUAUGUAGCUAAGGACCCCGUUAAUCGCAGAGCUUGUCAUAUUCUGGAGUGUUGUGACGGGCUGGCCCAGGACGUCAUUGGCUCCAUUGGACAAGCCUUCGAGCUCCGGUUUAAGCAGUAUCUGCAGUGUCCUUCUAAGAUCCCCGCUCUCCAUGACCGAAUGCAGAGUCUAGAUGAGCCCUGGACUGAAGAGGAGGGCGAUGGCUCAGACCACCCGUACUACAACAGCGUUCCAAGCAAGACACCUCCUCCAGGGGGAUUUGUCGAUGCUCGACUGAAAGCCAGAUCCCAUGGGCCUGACACAGCGCAGUUUGCAGGAAAAGAGCAAACUUACUACCAGGGGAGACACUUGGGAGACCCGUUUGGCGAAGACUGGCAGCAGACACCUGUCAGGCAAGGCGAGAGGCAAGGGUCCUUGGAUGUCUAUAGCGUGCCCGAAGGGAAAUCGCAUGUGACCCCAAUAGGAGAAGCCCCCACCUAUGUCAACACCCAGCGCAUCCCGCUGCAGCCCGGGCCGGCUGCAGGCAGCAGUGCAGAGAGCAGCCCAAGGAAAGACCUCUUUGACAUGAAACCUUUCGAAGAUGCUCUCAAGAACCAGUCUUUGGGGCCUGUGUUGAGCAAGGCGGCCUCUGUGGAGUGCAUCAGCCCCGUCUCCCCCAGAGCCCCCGACGCAAAGAUGCUGGAAGAGCUAAAAGCGGAGCCUUGGUACCAAGGGGAGAUGAGCAGGAAGGAGGCGGAGGGGCUGCUGAAGAGAGAUGGAGAUUUCCUGGUCAGGAAGAGCACCACCAACCCGGGCUCCUUCGUCCUCACCGGCAUGCACAACGGCCAGGCCAAGCAUCUGCUGCUCGUGGACCCAGAAGGCACGGCCAUCUUCCAGUCAAUAAACAAAUCUGACCUCACCCUGACACAGUCCAAGCCUGACUACGUUUAA